AUGGGUAAACGUGGUGGUAGAAAGGGUGGUCGCGGCGGCGGUGGUGGGCGCGGGCAGCGCCAAAAUUAUGCGGACAUCCCCAAAACGAAUGAGAAGCUUGAGCGCUUUUAUACGGAGCAGGGCUUCAUCCCGGAGGAGGAGAGAGAAGCUUUCUGGGAGACGCUUCGGAGAGAUCUUCCUAACAGCUUCCGAUUCACUGGUUCCAAAGGACAUGCUCUUGCUGUUCAGGAAAAGCUCAAAGACCGCUAUAUUCCCGAAAUCACCUCGAUCAAGUAUGAGGGCAACUUUGUUGAGCCACCUCGCCCUGUUCCCUGGUAUCCGGACCAGCUCGCAUGGUGGAUGACGACUCCCAAAAAUGUUGUUCGCCGAUUCAAACCAUUUGCGUCGUUUCAGAAGUUUCUUGUCGCCGAGACGGAUGUCGGUAACAUCACCCGGCAGGAGGUUGUGAGCAUGAUUCCUCCAUUGCUCAUCGAUGUCAGGCCUGGUAUGACAGUGCUGGACAUGUGCGCUGCACCAGGAAGCAAGUCUGCGCAAUUGAUGGAACUCCUCCAUGCGGGAGAAGAAGAGGCGAUGGAGCAGGUCACUAAGCAGGUGAAGGAUGGAACUGCGGGCCCGGAGCCUAUUGGGCCAGAAGGCCUCAGUGAUGACGGCAGGACAACGGGUCUUCUCAUCGCCAACGAUUCCGACUUCAAGCGCGCGCACAUGCUUGUCCAUCAGAUGAAGCGACUGAGCUCGCCGAACUUGAUCGUCACAAACCAUGAUGCCACUAUGUACCCCUCAAUCAGGCUGCCGCCGCGCCUCGAUGCAGAGGGCAAGGUCCACAAGAACAGAUACCUGAAGUUCGAUCGUAUUCUCGCCGAUGUUCCCUGCACUGGCGAUGGAACUGCUAGAAAGAACAUUAGCGUCUGGAGAGAAUGGGGCCCAGCCAAUGCUUUGGGACUGUAUGCUACGCAGGUCAGAAUUCUCGUCCGCGCCCUGCAGAUGCUGAAGGUUGGUGGACGCGUUGUCUACUCUACUUGCAGUAUGAAUCCGGUGGAGAACGAGGCCGUCGUCGCUAGUGCGAUCGCCCGGUGUGGCGGAGCGGCCAAUGUGGAGAUCCUUGACUGCAGCAAGGAAUUGCCCGGCCUGAAGAGAGCCGCUGGUGUGCGUUCGUGGAAGGUCAUGGAUCGCGAAGGCCGGAUGUACAACAACUGGAAGGAGGUUGAAGAGCAGAGGGAGCGCGAAGGCAUCAACGGCCUGGGCCGGAUUGCCGAAGGCAUGUUCCCUCCUACAGGAGAGAAUGCAGAUCUGCCUCUUGACAGAUGCAUCCGUAUCUACCCCCAUCUGCAGGAUACUGGUGGUUUCUUCAUCACUGUCCUCGAGAAGAAGUCCGAGAUUCGCGCCAAGCCAGAGGAUUCCUCCAAGGUCAUCCCCAAGGCCACCGUCGCAGCCUUGGCAGAAGAGCUCGAUUACAGACAGAAGCAUGGCAAUGGGCAGCCUUUGCAGAAGAUCGAAGCGCUAGACGACUUGGUGGUCCCGGGUCCAGAAGUAGAGGAGGAACUUUCGAAGAAUGCCUCCGUUGCUGAAGCCACCCACCAGCUCCCCUACUCUGCUACCAACCAAGUCUCCCCUGCUAAGAGAGACGCAGAGUCCAUGGAAGAUGAGCUUCCGGCCAAGAAGGCCAAGUUGGAGGAUGAUACCGAAGUUGUGCUCGGUGAUCGACCGAUCCAUCGCCCUGCGCCUGAGGUUGAGGAUGUGGAAGUCUCCGAUGUCACCCCGACUCCCCUUCCUACGGAAACUGCUCAACCCGCUGUCUCGACCGAGGCACGGCCUGAGCGCCCCCAGAAGCGGAAGCCUGGUCAGCCCAUUGAGGAGCCAUUCAAGUAUUUAGAUCCCAAGUAUGAGGAACUCGACCCAAUUUUCAACUUCUUUGAGAUCUCCGAGCGCUUCCCACGGGAUCGCUUUAUGGUCCGUAAUGCGCAGGCCGUUCCCACACGAACCAUCUAUUACACCAGUGCUCUGGCCCGCGACAUACUGGUGGCGAACGAGGGUCAUGGCAUGAAGUUCGUGCACUGCGGUGUGAAGAUGUUUGUGAAGCAGGAUGCACAGCGUCCCAACGUUUGCCGCUGGCGUAUCCAGACGGACGGUCUGAGAAUCCUUGAGCCCUGGGUUGGGCCUGGCCGCGCUGUCGUCCUGACGAAGAAGGACACCUUGCGCAAGCUUCUCGUGGAGAUGUUCCCCAAGGUCACUGAUGGCGGCUGGAAGGAUCUUGGCGAGAUUGGCGAACGUGUGCGAGACAUCGAGAUGGGAUGUUGCAUCCUGUACAUCGAGCCCGAGGAGAAGUUCAGCGAGCGUAUGGUCCUCCCGCUUUGGAGGUCGCUGCAUUCCGUCAACCUGAUGCUUCCCAAAGAAGACCGCCGCGCCAUGCUUCUGCGGAUCUUCAAUGACGAGCCCGAACUACUUAACAUCACCCAAAACCAGCAGCAGGAGGGUACACCCCAAACAUCGACACCGGUGACACCUGCCGCUGAGGCGACCGGAGAAGGCAUGUCCGCCACGGCACCCAGCGAGGCAGAGGAGAAGGCGCUGAUGCAAGAGAAUCUCGUCUUGGGCGAGGACCAGCAGGAGCAGGUGGAUCAGCGGGAGACAUGGACCAAGGCUGGUGACGAAGAGGACCGGUUCAACACCACUGUAUAA